UCAAAUGCAAGGCAGCUGUUACCUGGCAGGCACAUGAACCAUUUUCGAUUGAGGAGGUGGAAGUGGCUCCACCAAAAAGCCAUGAAAUCCGAAUUAAGAUGGUAGCAACCGGAAUAUGUGGCAGUGAUGACCAUGCACUUGAGGGGAAACUAAAAGAAGUAACCUUUCCUACCAUUCUUGGUCAUGAAGGAGUUGGUAUUGUAGAGAGCAUUGGAGAAGGAGUAAAAGGAUUUAAACCAGGUGACAAAGUCAUUCCACUUUUUAUGCCUCAGUGUUGUCAGUGUGUUUGCUGCAAGGACCCAAGAACCAAUAUAUGCACUUUACCCAUCACCACAGGUAGACCCAAAGGAUUGAUGGCUGAUGGCACUAGCAGAUUUACCUGCAAAGGAAAGCAGCUCUAUCAUUUUGCAAAUACCAGCACAUUUGCUGAAUAUUCUGUUAUUGAUGAAAUUGCAGCUGCAAAAAUUGAUGACAACGCACCACUGGAUAAUGUCUGUCUUAUUGGAUGUGGUUUCUCUACUGGUUAUGGUUCUGCUAUAAACACAGCCAAGGUACAUCCAGGGUCUACAUGUGCUGUGUUUGGUUUGGGUGGUGUUGGACUUGCUACUGUCAUGGGCUGUAAAGCAGCUGGUGCGUCCCGUAUCAUUGGAGUGGAUAUCAACAAGGACAAGUUUGCCAAGGCUAAAGAAUUAGGAGCAACUGAGUGCAUCAACCCCAAAGAUUAUGACAAACCUAUCCAGCAAGUUCUUAUAGAGCAGACUGGUGGUGGUUUAGACUAUGUAUUUGAAUGCAUUGGAAACACAGAAACUAUGGUUUCAGCAAUAAAUGCAAGUCACUUUGCCUUUGGAACUACAGUAAUUGUUGGAGUUGCUCCAUCUACCAAAACUAUAACUAUUGAUCCAAUGAUCUUUUUGACUGGACGUACAAUGAAAAGUUCUCUUUUUGGAGGUUGGAAAUCUAAGGAUUCUGUCCCGAAAUUGGUUACGGAUUAUAUGGAAAAAAAGUUUGACCUGGAUAAGCUGGUGACACACAGACUACCUUUAGAGAAAAUCAAUGAGGGAUUUGAUCUUUUGCACAAAGGAAAUAGCAUUCGGACAAUAUUAACAUUCUAACAAACCAAUGAAUGGUUCAAUAUUAAUUCUACAGCUACCUUACACAGCACAACUUAUUGAUUAAUAAUCUGAAAACAUUCUUAUAAUCAACUAUUGGUAAAUCAAAAUAAACUAUUUGUGUCAUA